AUGUCUUUUCUUUGCUUUUUUUCCUGUCUGCUCUUGGCAACACUUGCUUGUUCACAGGCUCUGGAAUUUUCCUCAUCUUUGCGUUUUAAGUCCCUGGUGGUUGGUCAGGACGUUACUCUGCAAUGUUUCAGCAAACACAGUCAGACUGCGAUCUUUUACUGGUACAAACAAACUCUGGGACAGAGACCAAGACUCUUGUCUGAAUUCUUUAAGCACGGGAGUGAAGGAAGUUUCACAAAUGACUUUAAGAAUGAUCCGAGGUUCCUGCUAGAGAUCGGGGAUACUAAAAACCACCUGACGAUCUCAAAUGCACAGACAUCAGAUUCAGGUACUUAUUACUGUGUUGGUGGACAUUCAUAUGUUUCUGAAUUUUAUGAGUGCUAUAGUGUCCUUGUGGAGGACUCUUCUUCUUACAUCCAGACUUCGGUGGAUCAGUCGUCCUCUGAGAACAUCCAUGCAGGAGACUCUGUGACUCUGAACUGUACAGUACACACUGGGAGCUGUGAUGGAGAACACAGAGUUUACUGGUUCAAAGACUCUGGAGAGUCUCAUCCAGGACUCAUUUAUACUCAUGGAGGCAGGAAGGAUCAGUGUGAGAGAAACAAUGAUGCACAAACACACAGUUGUGUCUACGAGCUGUCUUUAAAGAACCUGACUGAGUCUCAUGCUGGGAUCUACUACUGUGCUGUCGCCUCAUGUGGACACAUACUGUUUGGAAACAGGACCAAACUGGACUUCACAGACCAUGUACUUUUGCCGAACUCUGUGAUUCUACAAACUUUGGUUGGAUUAUUGACCAUCAUGAGCGUCCUCGUUGUUUUUCUGCUUUUUCUUCUCUGGAAGAUCAACAAGAGAAACAACUGCACCUCCACAGAUGAAAGAUCACCUGCUGCCCCCUUAAGAAGCACAGAGGCUGAGAACAAAGACACAGAAAACCUUCAUUAUGCUGCUAUAAAUGUGAAGAGGUCCAACAGAUCAAGACAGAAGAACGACUUAAACACAGACUGUGUUUAUGCGAGUGUGAGACAACAGAACUGAAGCUUCAAGUCACUGUAGAGAUUAAAUUACCAUUUUUGAUACAUAGCAUAAUAAAAACACUGUUUUCUGAAAAUG